CUGGGCAGCUUUGGAGACUCCAAAUCAGCUGCGACUCCAUGGCGUGCGUCAUUGCGCAGCGGCGCGUUCAGCCCAUAGCGGUUAAUGGGAAUCCGCUGACAGAGCACAACCAGUUGUUGUGCGGGCAUAUGUGUGCACGUAACAGCAGGUGCCGUCUUAAAAACUGGAUGGAAGCCGCGGUUACAGCAUAGCUGAACUGAAGGGAGAAGAAAAAAACUCUUACAUUACGGACUCAUACAUUUCCAGGAUGCGCUGCAAUGAAUGACGCGCUCGCUUCGGUCUGCAGGUACAGGUAAACUCCAGCUGGUGUCUCCGCUCCUUCAGCAGCCAUGGCUCUCUUUGCAUCUGGAGGGACCGUGUUCACCAUCCUCCUCAUUAGCAGGUUGUUAGAGAGCUCGUUGCUCAACGCAGAAGUGAAGGAGGGAGAAAUUCUGCCUCCUACCAUUCAGAGGCUGAUGAAAGGAUACAACAAGUACCUCAGGCCCUUCUUUGACAAUGGUCCUGUGACGGUGGGCAUGAGCUUGGACAUCGCCAGCAUUGACACCAUCUCAGAGAUCAACAUGGACUACACCGCCACCAUAUUCCUCCGCCAGCGCUGGACCGACGAGCGCUUGGUGUUUGAGGGCAACAAGAGCCUGAGCCUCGACGGCCGGCUGGUCGAGCUCCUCUGGGUGCCCGACACCUUCAUCGUCGACUCCAAGAAGUCCUUCCUCCAUGACAUCACCGUGGAGAACAGGCUGAUCCGCAUCUUCCCCAACGGCACCGUCCUUUACGCGCUGAGGAUUACCACCACCGUGGCUUGCAACAUGGAUCUGACCAAGUAUCCCAUGGACAAGCAGACGUGCACGCUUCAGCUGGAGAGCUGGGGCUACAACAUCAACGACGUUAUGUUCUACUGGACCCGAGGCAACGAGUCAGUCAGUGGUUUAGACACUCUCCAGCUGGCCCAGUACACCGUAGAAGACCACUACACAUCUGUCUCAGAGGCCAUUUAUGAAACCGGUCAUUAUCCCAAGCUGGUGUUCCACUUUGAGCUGAAGAGGAGCAUUCUCUACUUCAUCCUGGAGACCUACGUCCCCUCGAGCCUGCUGGUGGUCCUCUCGUGGGUUUCCUUCUGGAUUUCCCUGUCCUCUGUUCCAGCACGAAUUUGUAUAGGAGUGACUACAGUACUGACCAUGACCACUCUGAUGAUGGGAGCGCGGACCUCGCUGCCCAACGCCAACUGCUUCAUCAAGGCCAUUGACGUCUACUUGGGAAUCUGCUUUAGCUUUAUCUUUGGAGCGCUCAUCGAGUACGCCGUGGCCCACUUCUGCACCCUCACUCAUGCUGACGCACACAUAGUCAUGUAUGGACAUCACAUGCACGAUUUCGACGAUGAAAUGAACGGCAUCCUCACCACCAUCUCCAGUCACUCCAAGCGGGCCAAGAGACGCAAGGAGGCUGCUGCGACUCCUCCCCCAGCUCCUGAUUCAACAGAACUCGCUGUCCGACCCUCCAGCCCAACGGCCAGUGAGGAUAAGCCCGAGGCGUCGCCUCCAGAGCCCACCAACCGGUGCCUCACUGUCCUGGCCACCCUCCGCAAAAUUCUCGGCUCUAUAAGCUGCUGUCAUAUAGAGAACCCCCACCACAUAGACAACUACUCCAGAGUCACGUUCCCUCUGUCUUUUGUCAUGGUCAACCUGCUCUACUGGACAUAUUACCUGUACUUUUAGCAUUUGCUGGAGUGCAGCAUGUGUCCCGGAAGGUGUGAGAUAGAGAGUGUAUGUAGACCAGAGGUGUAUGUUACUGUAUGUAUGUACAGUCAGUGUUAUUUUGGUGUGUUCUGAGAUGGGUGUGUGCGUAAUUUCUACGUUUGGAUUUGUGAGCAAGGUAGAAUACUCACAUAGGGUUGUUUUCAGUGGAAAAGUGAACCUUAUCAUUGCAGCUCCAUUUUAAUAUGUGCUCGAACAAAGUGGUAGAAUUCAAUUUCAUUCAGUCCUGACCCUGACUAUGUGGGAUUUGAUCAAUUCUGACACUAUUAAGCUAAAACAAAGGUAAAAUGUCUCAUCGCAGCGUAUUCAUUUUAAGAUGGAGGUGUAAUUUAAGGCUUUAUGGAAGAAUUUGCCGGCACUUUUGAAAUUGCCAUUUCGCUUUGAUUCUACGUUGUGAAGGACUGAUCACUGACAUUUUACAACUCCAUCUUCCAUCUUUGCCUGCGGGUACAGCGUUUAGAGUGAAAUGGGAAAAAUAACGGCUAGCGGAAGAGUGCUGAAAAAGACAGAAGAGGGAGGCGGGUCUUCGAAACUCUAAGCCAGUCUCCAGAGGAAAUUCAAUUCUGCUCGCUGUUUGAAAAUCUCUCUUGUCUUAUGUGUCCUUCUCUGAGUUAUCUUUAAUUUUCAUACAACUAGUUAUAAGCUUGUAAUUAUACAACCAAGCUACCCUGACAAAAUAUUUUUUUCUAUGGUGUUUCAGUCGAUACAGGGAUAAAAUAGCUUCAGUGCUAUUUUGUUGCAAACAAAUUCCACUCUAUGGCGCUCGGAUGACGCGUAUGACUACGUCUCUGCUGUUACUCUUCUGUCCAUCUCCACUUAAAGUCCACCAUAACGAUCUGAUUGACCAGGCAGGUAUUUUCCAGAGCAUAACCAGUUCCCUAAGGACAGGUUCCAGACCACCUUUCCACCAUAACAUAGGGGUUAGUUGGUCUGUCUUCCAGGUUGUAAUCAAUCGCUUUACCUGAUGUGGAAUAGGUUGCUGUAUGCUUCUACAGAAUAUCUUCUCCUUCAGAGGUGUCUGGCACCAAUAUUGCAGCUUUCAGCAUAUACUUUAAACUAAGGUUUUAUAUGUAUAGCCUCGAUAAAACUAAUCAAGUUAUUCAUAUGCUAUUAUUUCCUGAUUAUUGACUGUUUGAAAGCUCGUAGUGUUUAGGUCAUGUCAGAACUUUGUCUUGACUGCCCUGCGAACACAAACCGAAUCAGGUUUUAUAUAUAUAUAUAUAUGUAUAAAACAGAAAAAGGCUGCUUGUCUUGAUGGUUCCACUAGCCGCGACGCAAGGAGUAGCCAGUUAGCUUGUGGUUCAAGAGCGUCCCCUUGCUUCACUUGCAUCAAAAUAAUUUAAAGCAUCAUGGAGGAGAAUGUGUUUUAAAUUAAAAGUAGACCUUCUGAGAAGAAUAUUAAAUUGGUUGAAUCUUAAUAAUUUUCAAAUAAUUCAUUCUGUUUGAUCUUGUAUAUUGUUGUAAGUCAAAUUUGAACUUUUUUGGGAAAACAAGUUUUAGCAAUCACAUUUUUAUUGAUAUUGUAGCAGUUAGUCAAAAAAUGGCAAUUAUGCUGUUAGGCUAACGAUAUGAUCGUUUAUUUAUCUUUAUUUAUGUAACUAUAUCUUAUUAGUUAAUUCAAUAUGGAACACUUGGUAUUACCCGGGCAGGCAUAAUACACAAGACAGGGGUGGAUAUACAGUCCAGCAACAGCUGGAACGACAGAUAUAAUAUUAUAGUAAUAUAUAAACUCGAUGCAGUAUUCUCUCCUUAUGGCCUGCUGGUAGUGUUUCUCACUGUGCUUCUGUAACACAUAAAGCAGUAGACAGACCUUGAUGUGCCAGGCAUUGUAGAGUAAUUUGAAUAUGAAUGGAACGGCCAAAGCGGUUUCAAGAGGAUGUCGUCACUGGCGGAUUAUCAGAAUGCAAAAAAAAAAAAAAAAAAAAAAAAAAUCUCGAAUAUGGUUUGAUAAAACUCCUCCCCUCUGUUCUUUUAAGCCAUUGCCACCUUCUGCUUUGUGAGUAUUGAGUGUUUCAGUUCAGGUGGUAACAGUUUGUCUGCUGCCAGUGACGUGAACCAAAGAGUUUUAAUUUUCCCUCUUGGUUUCAGCUUCAGUUCCUGGAAGAUUUCUCUUUUUAAGUGCAUCUUCAAAUGUUGAUAUCAUGUUUGGUAUUCGUAGGAGAACUCUGAAACAGCAUGCCGUCAGUGAGCAGGUGAACAUGACACUUCAUAUACCAGAUAGGCGUCAGGAUUCAGUUGAGGUGCACGUUUAUUUAUUGCUGUGUUCAGUAUUGCCGUGACAAGCUCUCACUCAUUUAAAUGAGCGCAGAAUGAAACAGUCCAUUUCGCCGCAACGCAAGUCUCGGAGGUUCCAUUUUUAAGUGCAACCCUUCGAUGUUAAUGACAAGCUAAUAUAACUUAUGUUCUACUAACUCUUUAUGUUUCUAUUUUAGCUGCAUUGCUUCUCAUGUUUGAACCUGUUUUUUGAACCGUCAACUAUCAACACUCGCUAAUUGCUCUCAUUGCCUGAUACCAAUAGAAAAGUAGGAUUUUCUUCAGUUUACCUCCUUCCUGCAUGAAUAUCAAGUGUUUCUUCUUCUUCUUCUUCUUCUUCUUCUUUGUUUGAUUUUUGGUUUUGGUUUAACAUCAUCGUAAAAAUGCUUCGCCGGAGCUUUUUGCAACUAGGACCAGAUCUACGUUUCGUUCAUCUGCCUCCCACAGAUCUGGGUCUUCUGUUUGGAAAUCCGGGAGCGCUGACCCGUUGAAAAGGUUAACGCGAUAAAACACAGACUGUCGGGUUUUAUACAAUACAGCACCAGGGUCUUAGUUUUGAUAGUAACCUACUCAGCGAACAGUACAAGAGAUGAAUGCCAAUAUGGAGCCAAAGAACAAGUACUAAAGCUUCCAGCGUGGGUGGAGCAUCAGUUGUCUGCUAUCGUUAUUAUUGGAUGGCUCCAAAUACCCGUGGAGGGGGUGAACAAUGUGAACACCAUUGCCAGGACAGAUUUUUUUGGAGCUACUUUUCAGCAACUUUUGGGAACAGGAAAAUAAAUAAAUAAAUGAAUAAAAUAAGCAGAAAUGGCUACCGCUGGACUGCCCUUUCUUUACCUUUUUUUGGGACGUGUUAGUUAGCGCUUCCACAUGACGCUGGAUACCAACCUCAACAACGUGGGACAUCUUCAUGUGAAAUGUAUUUAUAUACACUAGUAGCACCACGCUAAUAUCGGCAUCCGUUCGCUUAACCUGUUGUAAAUAAAUAGUAACACUAUGCAUGUUUAAUUGGUGUAUGAAUAUGAAUGAUAGCAAUAAAAAGAGCUUAACGUGUG